AGCCGUGACUAGACAUUCGGUCAUAGAAGCGGUGGAGGGGGCGCUCGAGCCACGUCGGUGAAACAAAUCAACGCUUGAAGGCAGAUUUCAAAGAGGGUGAGUAGACUAAUUGCGACAACUGCUGCGUAUUCUUUAAUCUCCCUCAAAUGUAAACUCGGGAGCGCAGAGAUCCACGCAGAACCGCCUGUCCUGUUGAUGCGGGUAGGUCAGUCUCACAAGCACAGUCCGCCAUUCCCCCUUUUUUUAUAUUUAACGACACCCUUUCAUAGUCUGACAGGGUAAAUUCUCAGUAGCAUUGUGCAUACUGUACUGCAUUUUCCCUUUGCUCUGUUCGAGUGCAGUGGUAGAGCCGGCAGCUCUUGUUGUAUAUGUGCCUAUAACGGAUGAUUUGGUGCAGCACGAGGAGUCCUCAUCUGGGGGCGUUGGACAAAAUCCACCCCUAUCCUACAAACAUUAUGUGCACUCAUUAAUUGGUCAAAGAAGCAAAGGUGAAGGCAGAUGUUUCAAAUUGAAGAUUCUUUUCGCUUAGUGCUGUAAAAUAAUCCCAACCUCAGGAUUAAUUUUAUCAACCCUCAUGACCUUUAAAUAACCCAUCACUAAAUGUCUCACUUUUGUUUAUUUAGUUUCAUCCUUUGACAUAUCUGCCCACCCUCUCUCCAUCAGGUCCCUGCUGCUCAGCCAAGAGCAGGAGAUCCAGGGCGAUGGCCACACCAGACCCCCCCAUGGGAGGUACACCUCGCCCAGGUCCCUCCCCUGGUCCUGGUCCCUCUCCCGGGGCGAUGCUUGGCCCCAGCCCUGGGCCCUCCCCGGGGUCCUCUCACAGUAUGAUGGGCCCCAGCCCUGGCCCUCCCUCCUCUGGACAUGCGCAGCCUGGACCCUCUGGUUACGGCCAAGAGAGCAUGCACCCUCUGCACAAAGUAAGAACAUGUGCACACCUGACAUCCCGCUGAGACGCACAAACUCGGUUUUUAAUCCCUCAGAAAAAAGAGAGCAGUGAAUUUAGAGGGUCAGGGUGUAGUUUCAGUGCAUGUAGUUUUAUUUUUACAUAUUUAACCCUAGAACACUAUCGCUAAAAUUAGUAACACCAUUACUAUCGCUGGGUGAUUUUUACCCGAAAUAAUAUACCCAAGAAAAAGUACUUGUCAUCAAAAUAUAUAAAAAUAGAACAAAACAUGACAAAUUAAAGUAGUUUUCUAUUAUUCUUACCUGUGCAAUGUCCAAAGAGAGGGGGAAAAGUGGCAUCAGGGGACCAUAUAAAAAUGCAACGAAUUAUCUGAAAUUAAGCAUUCAUGAACAAAAAAAUUCCUAAAACAGAUAUAUAUAGAAACUGUGAACUUACUUUCUUUUCCACCCAUUCCUGGGGCAUUUGAGUCUUCGCUGGUGAAGACUCAGGCACAAUAACAGCUGCAGGAGAGAGAACCAAAAUAUGGCAUAUUUUGAAUGAGUAAAAAUGACAAGCUGACUAAAAUAUUUCUUAUCACCAUAUGAAUUCCCUUGAAAACCACUACUUUGUGAGUUAUUCAUAACCACUGCGCUAGAUAAACAUAGCAUGCAAAUUCCAGGACCACUCUUACUGACCUUAUUCACCAACAUGCAGCUAUCAAAUCCACCCAAACCUACUUUACCCUCGAUCACUAUUGCUGGGUGAAAAUCACCCUGUGAACACGUGCCUGUAGGAAAAAGACGGAUUUGGAUCAGGGAAACAAAUAUGCCUUCAAUGAUGUCAAAGGCAAUGCUGAAGCUACCCAGAGACCCAUGACACUCAGACAAACACAACAUUUAAAAAAUCACAUUAACAUGUUUGGUCGGGUGAAAUCGUCUGGCGAUAGUGUUCUAGGGUUAAGAUGUUAAACUUCACAUUUACACGACAAGAAGAAUUAAACUUAACUUUAAACCGGGCCAAGUGAGGACUUACAUGGCAGACAUAUCCUGACAUUUAUAUCCUUUCAUAAGAAGAUAUAGCUAUGUUACUCUGUCUGCAAUAGAUGCAAGUUUACUUUUGUUUUUCAACACAAAAAUAUCCACAAAUAACUACAGCUGAGUAUUUAAAAUGUGUGUGAAAAUCUCACACUGCCUUCCAAAGUGACAUCCAUGUGGUCCUUUGAGUUAGUCCAGACUUCACAAAAUUAGUAUGUAUGCAACUCUACAUUUACAGCUGGGUUAGACCAUGAUGUGACGCUAUACAGAGAGGCCCUACUUAAUUUUCACACACUGUUUGAUCCCGCCCUCACAGCCCAUGGAGAGCAUGCACGAAAAGAGCCUAAAUGAGGAGAGCCGCUUCGGUCAGAUGAAGGGACUGUCGAUGAGACCGGGUGGGCACAGCGGUAUGGGUCCCCCGCCCAGUCCUCUUGACCAACACUCACAAGGUAGGCGUGCAGUGAAGACAAGUCUUUAACCACUUUCAUCCUCUCCUGUAUUGUGUAAAGGAACUUGUGUGACACAUUCAUAAUUGUGUGAUCAUGUGGUGUGGGAGUGUCUCUGCUGUUGCAACUUCUGAAAUCAAUCCAAAGCAUUAUUUUGACACUUGCUUGGUGUUUCCUUCAACUCCAAAACACUUGAAACACAAGCGAUUUAAUGUUUCAGGUAAUAACUUUAUAUUAAGUCUGAAGUGUGCAGCUUGAAGAGAGGAAAAGGAUACCAUUAAAAAAUAAAACAAUUAUAUGGGUUUAUCACAGUUACGUAACAGUUUUGUGGGAUUCGAGUGAUGUCAGAGAAUCACUCUUAGUUUAUUUUGAAAUGCCGCAGACGUAUAUGUGAGGAACUGUUACGACAUCUUGGAAAAUCAAGUCUCAUGUCUGUGAGGCUUCAGCCACAAGCUCAUGAGCUAACCUAUGUUAAAGACGGUAUCAGACAGUCAGACUUUGUGUGAAGAUGAUACUAGCUGACAUAGUGCUGGGCGAUAGGACGAUAGAUAUCGUGGGCACGAUAGAAAAUGUCUAUCGUGCCAUUUUUAUUUUUAUCGUUUCGGGCGAUAGGCUGUAUUUUAUCCAUAGGGCUUGUGCCAUCAGAUGAUUCAUAGUAACAACAACAAUGAUUGCACAUUCAGUAAGUGUAUUUGGUGUCGAACGGGAAAGAAAACAAUAUUUUCUUACAAAGAAAAGGAUGCGUUGACAUGUAGGCUCACAUUUCUCUUUCGAUUUUGCGACAUGACGCCGCUUUACUGCCCUCUUCGUGUCCAGCGUCUCCCGCCGUUGCGGGUUACCUGGGUUACACACGUGAGGGGAUCAUUGUAAGCAGUGCUUAAUUUGUGCCGGAGCAAGUCGGAGCGCGAUCCGGGACCUCUUUUGAUCGGAUCCGGGACCUAUUUCAGCCGCUCCGGCACCUGUUUUAUCUGCUCCGGGACCUUCCCUGUAGAGGAUGACAUUUUUCGGGAAUUCCCUUGGGUCACGUGAUUCCCGCGGGAAUCCCACGGGAUGGGAGUCAUUUUUUAAUUAAUCCCUUGAUCGGGACGGGACGGGAAAAAAGGCAACGGGAGUGGGCAGGAGCGGGAACAACAUUAAAAGAUGAUCAUUUUCAGCCGUGUUUAACAACCAGAUGAACAGGUGCGUCCAUUUUUGUAGUCAUCUCUCAGUGAGAGCCAACACUCUUGACCGCGCUAGCAACACAAAAGAACUACAACAGUGGUUUGACUUCCUGUCAGCUGGGAGCGCGGCUGCGCAUUUGUACCCUUCAAGCCAGCAGCGAGGAAACGUGAUUUUGUGACAUUCUGUAGUUUUUCAAUCAUUUCUGGAGUCGUGGCGAAUCAAAUCACCUUACCUGUCUGCCCCUGAUAGGCGAAUAAAGCGCUCGGAUUCAUGCUCGGGUCUCGCUACGUGCUUCAAGAGUAAAGUAAACAAUGAUGGAGACAGAGAGCAACUUUGGAGGAGAAACAUUUAGCAGUGUGAACAACCUCUUCAAAAGAGCCCUAAAGACCUACCUUUUUAAUAAAGCCUUUGGUUAGUUUUCCUCUAUGCUUUAUGCUUUUACUACCUUGCCUCUUACAUUGCAACUCUAUAUUUUUAAUUUUUUUUUAAUUCUUUUUUUAUGCCAAUCUGUGACUGUCAUUCUAUUGCUUUUUUAUUGUUGCUGCUCUUUUUUUACUGUGUACUGUAGCACUUUGAGAUUUUUUGUAAAUGUAAAGUGCAUUACAAAUUAAAUUUAUUAUUAUUAUUAUUAUUAUUAUUACUAUGGAGUGCUUUGGCUCACACUAUCGGCAUUUUCUGUGAGUGUUGCAUAACUUUGGGUGAGCACAGACAUGAACGCACUUCGGCCACGUAUUUAUUUAUUCAUUUUUCUAGUUUUAAGUGCUGGUCUUGUACUGGUACUGUACUAGUGCAGCUGUAUACACUUAAAUUUUUCAUAGAACUGAAAGCAUACCAUAGCUAUAUCGUGAUAUAUAUCGUUAUCGUGAUAUAAAAUGAUCCAUAUCAUGAUAUACAUUUUUUUCCAUAUCGCCCAGCACUAAGCUGACACACCCCAGCACUGUGACAGCUAACUAAUAUGUAACAAAUAAUAAAAAGAAGAAUUUGUGGUGUUAGGACUGUUAAAGGGAUAUUCCGGCGUAAAAUUAAUUUAGGGUCAAACACACCGUAACACCGAGUUAGAUACCAACGUUAGUAACGACCAGCCACAGCUCUAACCUCCAAACAUCUUUUUAGCUUUGCCUAAUUUCUUUAGCAAAGAGACCUAAAACACCUCACCUACUCUCUUCCAGCAGUCGCUUGUUUGUAGCGGGACCUCAGGCCAGUCCAUUACGGACUGCUGCAUGGUGACGCAGCUCAUGGAAUAGCAUUUAUGAUCAUUUCUUUAUCAUUUCCUUGAAGUAAUAAUCACCAUAUUAAUUGUUUUGCACUGCAGACACAGUAGUUCUUCUACCUUAGCGUCUCGGUCUGAUUGCAUUUCCAUAAAGAAAUUAUCAUAAAUGUUCUUCCUUGAGCUGCGUCACCCCGCUGCAGUCCGUAAUGAACUGGCCUGAGGUCUUGCUACAAACAAGUGGCUGCUGGAAGAGUGAAAGUGAGUUGCGUUUAGUCUCUUUGCUAAAGAAAUUAGGCAAAGCUAAAAAGAUGUUUGGUGAUUAGUGCUGUGGCGGGGACCCUGUGUGUACUGUUGAUGGAGUUAGGUGCUGUUCUGAGCAUUAUUUGUGGUUAUCGAGUGGCGUUUUGGAUGAGGUUUGUUUAUGGUAUUGCUGUCACGCGGUCCUUACUUAAGUUGGUAAAACUAGAGAAGCAAGCGGUCGGCAACAUUCAUCUCUCGAGGGGGUGUCUAACUCAGUGUUACAGUGUGUUUGACCCUAACUUAAUUUUACGCCAGAAUAUCCCUUUAAGUUCUCAAGUAUUUCAAUAAUUAGGUGCACUAACGAUCUCCAGAAAUCUCUCAGCAUCCCUGUGUGUAUUUCUGUCUGCUUCUUCCAGGUUACCACUCUCCUUUGGGUGGCUCUGACCACUCCAGCCCUGUCCCUUCAAACGGUCCUCCCUCUGGUCCCCUCAUGCCAUCAUCCUCUUCUUCCUCCUCUUCCGGUGGUCCCGGGUCUGCUUCUGCACCUUUAGAAGGCCCCAGUGGAGACCAACACACUCUUGGCUCCAUUAACCGCCCUGGCCCCCCAGGCAGCUCCGGCCCAGGCCCCAGUCCUGGACCUAGUCUUGGCCCUAGUGUCCCAAAUCUUGGAUCUGGGCUUGAAUCAGGGGGCCCUCAAGGUCCUGGCGGCCCUGGUGGCCCUACUCCCUUUAACCAGAACCAGCUCCACCAACUCAGAGCCCAGAUCAUGGCCUAUAAGAUGCUAGCCCGGGGUCAGCCCCUGCCGGACCAUCUUCAGAUGGCUGUCCAGGGGAAGAGGCCGAUGCCAGGUAUGCAGCAGCAGCCGAUACCCAGCUUGGGUUCUGGAGGUGGAGGUGGGCCAAGUGGUGGACCAACAGGACCUGGGCCAGGGCCUGGACCGAUGGGCACAGGCUACAGUCGAGCUCAUGGUGAGUGUUUAUAGAUAUUCUACUACCUGAUGGGUUUUUGACUAAGGACUAAAAAGACAGAGUUUGUGACGAGCCAUUAGUCUCAUAACAGUCUUUACUGACCUGUUUCUUCAGGAAUGAUGGGUCCCAACAUGCCUCCUCCAGGACCAUCGGGUACUCCAGCUGGGAUGCAGGGACCAAACCCGAAUGGACCACCCAAGUCCUGGCCUGAAGGUACGGAGUACUGCUUUAAGGUCUUGUUCAGCCUCCUGUCUACUCCUGUAGACUACAAAUUGUGUAUUAACUUGUCAAAUGAGUUUUUGCAGUCUGCUUUUGAUGUUCAAUCUCAACUGCAGAAAGUCAAAUUGGUCUGGAACGCAAAUAAAACCAAACUCAUGGUAUUUUCGAGCAAGAGUGAGUUACCUGGGAACAUUCCCUCUAUCUUAACUUCGCAGGGUGGACCUAUUUAGCUUGUAUCUGUGUAUAAAUAUCUGGGUUUUCUUGUUGAUCGCAAGCUUUCUUUCAAAGCACAUAUUGCGUUUGGUCACUAAAUUCAGACUAAAGAUAGGUUUCUACUACAGGAAACAAUCCUGCUUCUCCCUCAGUGCUCGAAAAUACCUUGUAUCUGCUACCUUUCUUCCACUGUUGGAUUAUGGUGAUGUUUUAUAUAUGGCUGCUUCAGCCAAAUGCCUGCAGUCCUUAACUUCUGUCUAUCACUGUGCGCUGAGAUUUGUUACUGGUUGUAGUUGCCUAACAUUUAUUGCAAACUUUAUGCCAAGUCUGGCUGGCCAUCUCAGAGUACUCGCAGAUACACUCACUGGAUGACUCUAAUUUAUAAGGUUCUUCUUGGCUUAGCUCCUUAAUCGUCUUCAAAGAACUGAAAGCCACUACUCCCUGCGCUCAAACAACACUGUCCAUUUGAUUGUUCCAUGAAUCAGAACUGAAUUGGGUUUUGUUGCCACAUCAGCAUGGUCUCCAGACUGACCUGAAAUUGUCAGAUUUAAUUUUGUUGGAAGCAUUUUUGUUCAAUCUUACAUGGCAGACUUUGGGAGACCGUGGAACAGGGCCUGUGUUUUUAAUUAUGUUUCUGGAGGCCAUUUUCUUCUUCUUUAUUAUUUUUUAUUUCUGUGAUGUGUGCUGCCGACCUCUUGGCCAGGUCACUCUUGUAAAUGACAUUUCGAUCUCAACGGGUUCUUACCUGGUUAAAUAAAGGUUAAAUAAAAAUAAAGAAUAAAAAAAAAAACAACCCACAGAUUAUUAUAAUAUCAAUGUUUCCUUUGUCCUCCAGGCCCUAUGGUGAAUGCAGCAGCCCCCUCCAACGCACCCCAAAAGCUGAUUCCCCCCCAGCCCACAGGCCGGCCCUCUCCAGCCCCACCAUCAGUCCCCCCUGCUGCCUCCCCAGUAAUGCCUCCACAGACCCAGUCCCCAGGCCAGCCAGCACAGCCUACUCCUAUGAUGCCUUACCACGCCAAGCAGAACCGCAUCACCCCCAUCCAGAAACCCUGCGGCCUGGACCCGGUGGAGAUAUUACAAGAGAGGGAGUACAGGUACAACAGGGUUCCUUAUUGAAGGAGAACUUUAUGAAUGAGGGUUACCUUUCAUGAAAGCAAAGAUCCUUUUUCUUUUCAUAUGUGCUCAAAAGUGAAAAAAUGGUACAUUAAAGCUGAUGUCUGUCAGAUUACAGGCUCGAAUCACUCAUCGCAUCGCUGAAUUGGAGAACCUUCCAGGCUCUCUUGCUGGUGAUUUACGUACCAAAGCCACUAUAGAGCUCAAAGCCCUGCGACUGCUAAAUUUCCAGAGACAGGUAGCCGUGACAUUAUCGAACAUCUCAUUCACACCUUUACCUCUGUCUUUUACAAUACCACACUUGGGAUUUUUCAGUCGUAGCUGGACAUUUUCUGUGCGCUGUCUACCUACAGCUGCGUCAAGAAGUGGUGGUGUGUAUGCGCCGCGACACGGCUCUUGAGACCGCCCUCGACGCAAAGGCCUACAAGCGGAGCAAGCGUCAGUCUCUGCGAGAGGCCCGCAUCACAGAGAAACUGGAGAAACAGCAGAAGAUUGAGCAAGAGCGCAAACGCAGGCAGAAACAUCAGGUAAAGGACGAAUGCAGCUGUUGUUGAGUGUCUUUUUAAAAUUUUUCUCUCCUUCACCUAAACUUGUCUUUUUCUUCUAGGAGUACCUCAAUAGCAUCCUGCAGCAUGCCAAAGAUUUCAAAGAGUACCAUCGCUCCAUCACAGGGAAAAUGCAAAAGCUGACCAAAGCUGUAGCCACCUACCACGCCAAUACUGAGCGUGAGCAAAAGAAAGAGAACGAGCGUAUCGAGAAAGAGAGGAUGAGGAGGCUUAUGGUGAGAAAAAAAUAACAAUAACCCACAGGUACAGUUGUAUUAGCGCCCUAUAACUACACAAUGUGUGCGUGCGUGUGUGUCCUCACAGGCUGAAGAUGAGGAGGGUUAUCGUAAACUUAUCGACCAGAAGAAGGAUAAGCGUCUGGCCUACCUGCUGCAGCAAACGGAUGAGUAUGUCGCCAACCUCACAGAGCUUGUAAGAGCUCACAAAGCUGCACAGGCUCUGAAGGAGAAAAAGAAGAAGAAGAAGAGAAAGAAGAAGGUACGGAUAAUAAUAAGGACAAUGCAGACAAUUUAAGAAAGCCUCAUUUUCAUCGAAUCGAAAACCAAGCUGUAACACAAGUGGUCUUUGAUUUUAAACAGUGACUGUCAUAAAGGAUUACUGUUUUAUCUCGCAGUUGGAGAAUGCUGAGGGUCCGACUCCUGCUAUGGGUCCAGACGGAGAGGUCAGCCAAAUGACAACAGAUUAUCACCAUCACUAUCACUAUCCUAAACUAUCUAAAACUUUUUUAUCAUUUGAAUAAUCCAGACAAAUGACUUGUUUUUGUUCUUGCAGCCUCUGGAUGAGACGAGUCAGAUGAGUGACCUGCCUGUUAAGGUCAUUCACGUGGACAGUGGUAACAUCCUGACGGGAGUGGACGCUCCUAAAGCUGGACAGCUGGAGACGUGGCUGGAGAUGAACCCUGGGUGAGACUGACUAAAGAGAGGAGGAGUGACUUGUAUAUGUAAAUCAAAUAAGUGGUGGGCGACAUUGUUGAAGAUCAGUCUGCAGGUCUGAAGAAUUUGACGAUUAAUAAUUUGCAAAAAAUAGAAACAAAUUAGUCCAAUAAGACAUGCUUUACUUCACUCCUAGGGGUACAGGAUCAGGUUACAUGGUAUUGCACACGAUGAUAAGUUUCUGAAGUUGAAAUUGAAGUUUUCCUCCCUGCCCCCUUGUUAAAUAUCUUCAUGAAAUCAUAAACAUUUUAAACAUUUUAAAUAUGGGUGUCAACUAUUUGCCUUAAAGGGAUAUUCUGGCAUAAAAUUAAGUUGGGCCAAACACACUGUAACACCGAGUUAGACAACCCCUCAAGAGAGGAAUGUUGCUGACUGCUUGCUUCUGUAGUUACACCAACUUUAGAAAGGACCGCACAAACCAGUACACAAUGGUCUACGUCUCCAUGCGCACACUCACCCACUCUCCUCCAGCAGCCACUUGUUUGUGGAUGAGACCUGACAAGUCGAUCACCAAGUGCAGCGGAGUUUCGCAGCUCAAGGAAGAACAUUUAUGAUUAUUUCUACAUGGAAAUACAAUCAGACCGAGACACUAAGGCAGAAGAACUACCACGUCUGCAGUGCAAAAUGAUGAAUAUGAUGAUUAUUACUUCAUGGAAAUGAUCCGCAGCACUCGGUCAUCGACAUGUCAGGGCUCCCCCCACAAACAAGUGGCUGCUGGAAGAGAGUAGGUGAGUUGUGUUUAGUCUCUUUGCUUAAGAAAUCAGGCAAAGCUAAAAAGAUGUUUGGUGGCUAGUACUAUGGCUAGGACCCUAUAUGUACUUUUGAUGAAGUUAGGUGCUGUUCUGAGCAUUAUUUGUGGCUAUAGAGUGGCGUUUUGGUUGAGGUUUGUUUAUGGUUCCUCAGACCGCUUUGUAUUGCUAUCCUGCGGUCGUUAUUAAAGUUGGUAUAACUAGAGAAGCAAGCGGUCGGCAACAUUCAUCUGUACAGAUACAGAGGCUGUUGUCAAAGUUAUAAAACCAUUCAUUUUCUUGCUGCAGUUACGAGGUGGCUCCUCGGUCAGACAGUGAAGACAGUGAGGAGGAAGAAGAGGAGGAGGAGGUGGGUUGUUUGAACAGUCAUGUUUGAAGCUAGCUUCUUGUCCACUGCUUCGCUCACUGACCAGCUGUCUGACAGGGAGAAGAGGAGGAGCCUCAGCCGUCGACCGCUCUGGUGGAUGACAAGAAGAAAAUAACAGACCCUGACAGUGAAGAUGUGUCAGAGGUGGAUGUCCGGCACAUCAUCGAGUGAGUAAAGACAUGGGGUAUCACACUUAAAACAUCAGAGAAAAGGGUCCACCAGCUGAAACAGUGUUUGUUUGUUUUUUUCACUGUAGAAAUGCUAAACAGGAUGUGGAUGAUGAAUACAGCGGUGCAGCAUUCGCCCGUGGCCUUCAGUCAUAUUACUCUGUGGCCCACGCUGUCACAGAAAAAGUGGAGAAACAGUCCACUUUGUUAAUAAACGGACAACUCAAACAGUAUCAGGUGAACGAGAACAACUGAUCAGUUAACCAGUAUCACUCGAUUAAUCAUGCACAGAGAAAUUUAUACCACAGAAACCUUUUUUUUGUUGUUGUUUGUCAGAUAAAAGGUCUGGAGUGGCUGGUGUCUCUCUACAACAAUAACCUAAACGGGAUCCUGGCAGAUGAGAUGGGUCUGGGAAAAACCAUCCAGACAAUCGCCCUCAUCACGUACCUCAUGGAGCACAAACGUCUCAAUGGACCCUACCUCAUCAUUGUACCCCUCUCGUAAGCAAAUCCCCUUGUUAUUCCAACAUUUCACCCUUCAUCAGUUGAGUUAUUUGAUUUAACCUAGACGUUACGUGUCGACUGAGCUGCCUCUCGUUGACAGGACUCUUUCUAACUGGGUUUAUGAGUUUGACAAGUGGGCGCCCACAGUUGUGAAAGUGUCCUACAAGGUGAGUUUUUUUGCAGCCAUACUAGAAUGACCCUGAAUUUGUUUAUAAUUACGAUGUUUCAGCUAGUUAACUUUAACUUUUACUUUUUAUGUUCUAUUAGGGGUCUCCUGCUGCCAGAAGAGCCUUCGUCCCCCAACUGCGCAGUGGAAAGUUUAACGUUUUACUCACCACUUAUGAGUAUAUCAUCAAGGAUAAACAAGUGCUGGCCAAGGUGAGACUAGAUAUUCAACUAGGAUUGCCUUUUUUUUGUCAAUCAGUGCUGACAGUUCGGUAUUUAUUUGUGGUUUUAAGGCCUUAGAUUGGGAUCAAGCUGGUGUGUUUAAUAAGGAGAAACUUGAACUAGGGCUGGGCGAUAUGGCCUCAAAUCAAUAUCAGGAUAUAUUGAGCAGUUCACCUCGAUAACGAUGAAUGGACGAUAACUACUCCACAAGCUGGUCCCCUCCCACAUUAACUUCGUCUAUUUUAGCCGCAACUUUUGAACUGUCCUCCAUCUCCUCACCUGUAUUUCCCUCUUUGUUACGGACUGGAUGGGGUAGAGUCACGUCUCUGACGUAGGACAGCGUCUUAAAGGGACAUGAGACAUUAGCCUACCUACACACAUCCAAAAACAACUGUUAUUCAUUCAUUUUUUUGGCACCAAAUAUAUUGAUAUGGGCAAAAUGACGUCGGUUAUUGUCGUAAAUUUCGGUAUCGGUAAAUUUUCGCUUUAUCACCCAGCCCUACAGCCCUAACUUGAACCCUUAUUUGAUGUUUUCCUGGAUGUAAAUUCACCCCCGUUCUCUAGAUCCGUUGGAAGUACAUGGUCGUGGAUGAGGGCCACCGUAUGAAGAACCAUCACUGUAAGCUGACCCAGGUCCUGAACACCCACUACCUGGCCCCGCGGAGAGUCCUGCUGACGGGAACACCGCUGCAGAACAAACUGCCUGAGCUCUGGGCGCUGCUAAACUUCCUCUUGCCGACGAUCUUUAAGAGCUGCAGCACCUUCGAGCAGUGGUUCAACGCCCCGUUCGCCAUGACUGGAGAGAAGGUGGAAAGAAGGCUGAAUUUUGUACAGAAAUAAUGAAAAGAGAAAGGACAACAGGCAGGAGGUUCAGUAUGUUCCAGCCUAAUAACCUGCUGAGUGUUUUAUUUAUUUCACUCCAGGUGGACUUAAACGAAGAGGAGACCAUCUUGAUUAUCCGGCGUCUCCAUAAAGUGCUCCGCCCUUUCCUGUUACGUAGAUUAAAGAAAGAAGUGGAGGCACAGCUUCCAGAGAAGGCAUGGUUUACUUCUUUAACACACAUACAUAUCAGAUGAAAUACUUCCACCAACACUUCAAAACUCAUAAUCUCCAAUAGAUCAGAGAAAGCAUUAAUCUAUUUCUAUCCUUGAGUUCUCCUCUGACAUUCAUCCGCUCUGCCUCUGUCCUCCCUCAGGUGGAAUAUGUGAUCAAGUGUGACAUGUCAUCUCUUCAGAGGGUGCUGUACAGACACAUGCAGGCCAAAGGGGUCCUGCUCACUGAUGGAUCGGAGAAAGACAAGAAGGUGAGAGAAUAAACACUUUUAACACGGUAGUUUGGGCAUUUGGACUGAAAAACACCAACGUUAAAACCCACAUGAGUGUUUGAUAUCUAUGUUCAAGUGUAGCUACUGUUAAAAAAAAGACCUUUUUUGUUGUUUCCCAGGGUAAAGGAGGAACUAAGACGCUGAUGAACACCAUCAUGCAGCUGAGAAAGAUCUGUAACCACCCGUACAUGUUCCAGCAAAUAGAGGUACGACAAAUUCUGUGUUAAGAUCUUUGUAACAAUAACACUAUUACUUUUUUAGUUUAAUAACUAUGUGAAAGAAACUCAAUCUGAUUAAUUUUGUAUUGCUUACUUAAUUUUGUUUGACUUUAUGAUAAAAAUAAAGAAAUUCAGCUGAAAACAAAAGAGAUCUCCUUCUCUGUUUUUGCAGGAGUCCUUCUCUGAACAUUUAGGAUUCUCUGGUGGGAUCGUCCAAGGGUAAGUUUUAAUUUCACUUAACGCACAUACAAGCGUUCACACACAAGUUAACCGGUUUCACCUGCCUCUCUGUCAGUCCUGACCUUUAUCGGGCAUCAGGAAAGUUUGAGGUGCUGGAUCGAAUCCUUCCAAAGCUGAGAGCCACAAACCACAAAGUGCUGCUUUUCUGUCAGAUGACGUCGCUCAUGACCAUCAUGGAGGAUUACUUUGCUUAUCGCAGUUUCAAGUAUUUGCGUCUGGAUGGUGAGGCAGCAAUCUUCUCUAAGUGGGAAAUGUUUUCUACUUUAGUUAUUAUUUAGUUUCUUUCUCAGCUCUCUGUCUUACUCUUUACUCUACUAAUAUUCUUCUUACUUAAAUGCUGUUCACCUGCUUUUCUUCUUCCACCACCCCUCUAACAUCUCAGGUACGACGAAGGCUGAGGACAGAGGAAUGUUGCUGAAGACAUUCAAUGAUCCUGAGUCUGAGUACUUUAUCUUCCUCCUGAGCACAAGAGCUGGAGGCCUCGGCCUUAACCUGCAGUCUGCUGACACUGUAGUAAUAUUUGACUCUGACUGGAACCCUCAUCAGGUGUGAUAAAUGUUUAUUCUCGCUUACAAAAGAAUGAAACAAGCAGAGACCUCAUGUUUAAGAUCUAGAGUUGGGGAUAUUUGAUAUGAGGUGAGUGUGUUUGAGUUAGAUCAAGGCAAUAACGAAUGCUAAUGCUAACACAAUCAAGCUACAUGUAAACAGUGGUAUGUCUGUUAGUGGCAAAGAAAAACAUUGACCACAGAGUUAUACUAAUAAGUUAGUGCCGGUGUUAAACUCUCUGAGUGCAACUGCUAACAGAAUUCAACCGACUGUUUUUACACUGAAGUCUCGACUCAACGCAAACUUGAUUUAUAGAGCACAUUUAAAACAACAGGGGGUAACCAAAGUACUCAACAGAUUAAAAGCAGCAGGGAUGAUCAAAGUGUAAUUACAGCAAUUACAAUAAAUAUAAUGAAUACUAAAAUACAUCAACAUAAAACAUGGUGCUAUAGAAUAAAAUAGCAAUAAAAUAAAUAAAGUAUAAGGUAAAAUUUCACCAGAAGUCCAUUUAAACUUGAUUUAAAGCAGAGGAGAAAAGGUGAGUCUUUAGGGAGGACUUAAAAACCUCAGUCGAUCCUGCAGAGUGGUUGUGCAGGUGCAGGUUCUGUAGCCUGAGGGUCGCCGCCACGAAGGCUGGGUCACCUUUGGACUUUAACCUUGUUUUGGGGGGUGACCAGUAGCAGCUGAUUAGAAGACCUCAAUGUUCUUGCAGGGGUGUGGAUAUGAAAGGAGCUCAGACGUGAAAGUGGACCUCUCCAAAAAUGAGACUUUUUAAAAGUAAUGAUAAUAUUCCACUGAGCAAUAGAUGGCCUUAAGAGGUCUAGUUUUUUUUUAGACCUAAUUUCAACCGUCUAGAUUCUGAAGAUUUUUAGACAGAAUUCAGAUGUUGCACUUUAACCCAUUAAUGAUAACUAUUUAUUUCAAAAAGCAACUGUGAGUUGCAUAAAAAAACAACUUUGAUUUUUAGAUGUCUAUUAGACCUCUUUUAGACAAAAAAAUGCUCAGUGUGAUGUCUUAAACCACUAGUCUGGAAUAAUAAUGACAAAUCUCUAAAAUGUGUGAAGUGGCUUAUUAAGCUUUCUCAGACUUUUUAAUUUCAGAGUUUGAGAUUUUUGCCUUUGUUCUCUAAAGAGACGCAUCUCUAAGUUGGAAAUUUUGCCCAUAAAAUUGACACACAAUACAAAACAUCAGGACUGUAGAAGAUAGGACGGCUGUCGGGCUGAAACAGCGAUGGUUGGGCAGACUGACAGAAAAAAAGGAUUUCUGAUAGAUGAAAUGUUAAACUGGUUUUCUGAAGGGUUUUCUCACUAGAUUUCCCUCCAGUAGAAGUUUCAAACUGUCUACACAUGUGUCACAGAUGUCCGUCUGCUUGCACAGUAGAGCUUGAAACUUGACCAUUUCUCUUCCUCCUCCCUCCUCAUGUCCUCUCCAGGACCUGCAGGCCCAGGACCGAGCUCACCGUAUCGGUCAGCAGAACGAGGUGCGUGUGCUGCGUCUGUGCACUGUCAACAGCGUGGAGGAGAAAAUCUUGGCUGCUGCCAAGUACAAACUGAAUGUGGACCAGAAGGUCAUCCAGGCCGGCAUGUUCGACCAAAAGUCCUCCAGCCAUGAACGCAGGGCCUUCCUGCAGGCCAUCCUGGAGCAUGAGGAGCAAGACGAGGUCUGGGGUCAGGAAGUGUGUCUACGCAUUAAUGUGUGUGCGUGCACCUGCGACACACACAAUUUAUAGAGUGUGCUGUCUUAUGCUCUGCGUGCCAAUGUGUGUCUGCUGUAUUCAGGAGGAGGACGAGGUGCCAGAUGAUGAGACGGUCAACCAGAUGAUCGCCAGGAGCGAGGAGGAGUUUGACCAGUUCAUGGUCAGCUUUUGAGAAAAAUCACAGCUCAGUUUUUUCUUAUAAACUUAUAAAAUCUCCCCCACCUUUGUUAUUUCUCCUUGCCUUUUUGUCUUCCUCUCUCCUUCUCAGCGUAUGGACCUCGACCGGCGCCGUGAGGAGGCCCGAAACCCGCGGCGAAAACCUCGUUUGAUGGAGGAGGAUGAGCUGCCGACCUGGAUCAUGAAGGAUGACGCCGAGGUGGAGCGUUUGACCUGUGAGGAGGAGGAGGAGAAAAUGUUUGGACGAGGUUCUCGGCAAAGAAAAGAGGUCGACUACAGCGAUUCCCUGACUGAGAAACAGUGGCUCAAAGUAAGUUUAUUUAAAAUGACGGGAAUGAAACAGAAACUAAAAGUCUUGAUUCGUUGAGAUGAAACUGUCUCAUGUUCUGUGUCAUCGCAGGCGAUAGAGGAGGGCACACUGGAGGAGGUGGAGGAAGAGGUGCGUCACAAGAAAACAACUCGUAAGAGGAAGCGGGACCGUGACCUGGACCUUCCCGGUCCCUCUUCUUCUCUGGGCGGAAGAGGACGAGGAGACAAAGAUGACGAUGGAAAGAGACAGAGAAAGAGGGGAAGACCGCCUGCUGAGAAACUUUCCCCCAAUCCACCUGCUCUCACUAAGAAGAUGAAGAAGAUAGUGGACGCCGUCAUUAAGUACAAAGACAGGUAACAGACUGAAGCUAUGGUGAAGCAGGUUUUAUACACGUGUGAGAACUCCACACAUCGACUCUUAAGGAGGGAACUAUGAUAAACAGACCAAUUUGAGUUUAUCCCUACACUUUUGGGCCAAUGAAAUGUCCAAAAAGAGGUCAUAUUGAACCUCAUCAGACAUUUUAAUGAAAUGCACAAAAGUCAGUGAGCACUUUCAAAAAACUUCUUACAUGUUAUUCUUGAAAUACAGUGUCGCCUGAACUACAGACUCUUUUAUCAUUGUCAGAAAAUCAGAAACUAUUAUUUUAAUCAGUAACAUUUUUACUUCUCCGCUUAAAAGUUUUAUAGUUUAUGGGCUUACAAAGAGUUUUCAUUGACAGAAAAGUUCUGUUACUGUCUGAAAGUUGCAGUAAAUGAUGAAAGGUGCUUUUACAUUAUACUGUUUUCACUCUGCAGUAUGAUUCAUAGUGUUUUAUUUACAGCGUUUGGAUGGGAGCAUGGCGAUGUGGUUGGCGAGUUUCCACAGAUAAUACAAAUACGAAUAAUAAUACAAAUUAUAGAAAUAAUUCAAAGAACUUUAUUUACUAACUAUAUUGUUUGUCUAGAAUCUCGUCAACUAUUAAUAGACGAAUAAAGAAGUGGGAUGGCUUUGGAUGCAAAGGAUUGGGGGUGGGAAUCACCUGUGGCCCCACGAUACGAUAUUAUCACGAUACUUGGGUGAAAAGACAAUACGAUAUUAUUGCAAUUUUUAACAUUCUGCAAUACAGUGAGUAUUGCAGUACAAUAUAUUGCAAUUUAUACAAUUCUUUCCACUUUUUAGCUAAUUUAGCAUUGGUCUUUUCUUUAUGUUUGUCUUAUUUAAACAGUAUUUUAUUUUCAUGUAGCACAUCUUGCAAACCUUAAGUGUCAGGUCCAUCUCAUUUGUGCCCUGUUUGCAUUCCUAAUGUCUUUCCCUGGUGCUGUGAUAUUUGUUGUACUAACUUUCUCCUGCUCUAUGAUAUCACCUCUGCCAACUUCAUUGGACAAACACUUGAUUUUAGAUUUGACUUCAUAUUAACAAUCAAUUUGGAAAAAAAUGGAUACUUGGUAAAUGAGAUGACACGAUAUAUCACCAGACAAAAUAUCACAAUACUAUGCUGUAUCGAUUUUUUCUCCCACCCCCACAAAAGAUCUUCUUAAUCUUCACCACUGUUGUUUUUUAAGCAGGAUGUUGAGUCUGUAUCCUGGCGACUGUUUCAUGGAGAACAUCACAUGGAACUUCGGCAGUUGCAUUAUGCUUUCUCAGAGUAGAGUAGAGUUCUCUAUUAACAGUGAAUCAGGCAGCUGAAGACGCAGACUGAAGAGAAGGUUUAUUUUUAUUCCUUUACUUAAUCUGUGAUCUAUGCAAACAUAAUUCUGUCCAUACGGUCAGUCAGCUCUCUCUUAACUCAGCCUAAAUAAACUGUCGUGUUUGGAGGAUUACGAAUCACUCUGACGCUUUUUUUGAUGUCAUAUCUUGCAGCACCAGUGGGCGUCAGCUGAGCGAGGUGUUCAUCCAGCUGCCAUCUAGAAAAGAACUACCAGAGUACUACGAGCUGAUCCGCAAACCCGUGGACUUCAGGAAGAUUAAGGUGAGCUGGUGACUCCAAGAACAGCCCAUGAAUAAAACUGUAGCUGUGUGGAUGAUAUAAGUAGAUCCACAUGUUCACAAGUACGAGAAACGUUUUCAUCCCUCAAAUAUAUGCAGAUGUUCACAUGCUGUAUGUUUAUCGUAGGAGAGGAUCCGAGGUCACCGCUACCGCAGUCUGGGGGACUUAGAGAGAGACGUCAUGCUGCUCUUCCAAAAUGCUCAGACCUUUAACUUAGAGGGGUCACUGGUGAGACCAAAUGUGAACAGACCAACAGUUUGUAUAACAUACAACAACUUUUAUUUAGGAGAUAUAGGGAAUGAAAAAUACUUUCAGAGCAGAAAAGCAAGAACUCUUUUCCACCAGCAGUGAGACAAUAAAGUUGUUUUGUGCUGUUUUGUGCGUCUGUUAUGAAAGCAGACAGAUGAAGUGAAUGUAGAGAAUAAAAGGACCUAAAAGAAGUCGUCAAUGCAUAAUUCCUCGGACUGAGUGUAUCUGAUUAUGACUUUUUAAGAGAAAUGCAAACUGGGAUCUGUGAGUUUGUUUUUAUUUUGUGUUUGAGCUACAGGAUUCAAAUAAUUUGCAGAUAAUUUCUUCAGAACAAAAACACAAACAGCAUGCAAAUGAAAUAUUUCACAAAGUUCAUCUUGUUUAUGUUUGGCUCAGCAGUUGUUUCCAUCACACACAACAGACAACUGGUCUAAUAUACUUUUCAUGUGAGCAGAUCUACGAAGACUCCAUCGUCCUCCAGUCAGUGUUCACAAGUUUGAGGCAGAAGAUCGAGAAAGAGGAGGAGAGUGAAGGGGAGGACAGCGAGGAGGAGGAAGAGGAGCUGGACGAAGGAUCAGAGUCUGAGUGUAAGCACGUCUGCGUGACAAAAGGAGUCAGUCGUGUUUUAAGUGUGCAGUAUCUGAAUCAGAGAAUAAAUGUGGUUUUUAGAUUAUAUAUUUUUUUAUUUGUUGUGCGUGUGUGUUUGUGUGUGUAUGAUUAGCUCGCUCAGUGAAAGUAAAGAUCCGUCUGGGAAGAAAGGAUAAAGGAGGAGAUCGUGGGAAAGGACGCAGCAGACGGAUGGGACGUACGAGAGCCAAACCGGUUGUCAGUGAUGAUGACUCAGAGGAUGAGCAGGAAGAGGUACGUCACAGUGUGUGUCUGUGUGUCUGUGUGUGUAUUUUUCUGUCUGUGUGUCUUUACAAGAGGCAGAGAACCAGUUUGAAAUUAUAUAUAGAAACGUUUUAUUUUUAUAACCUGGCCAGCUCGUCUCUGAGUCACUCACUUUUCCUUUUUUAUUUUAACAGCAGAAGUAAUGGUAGCUUCGGUUCGAUAGUUUCAAGUUUGUGCUCUGUCUGUUUGCAAAACAUGCUCAAGAAAUCUGACUCAUGUUGGAACGUGCAAUCACACUUGAGACAUACAGCUGCAGGACAGUUUCAGAGCCAAGAGUGAGUGACAUGACUGGAUUAAAGAAAGUGAGGGUUAGGGCGACCUCCUUUUUUCCUUCCUGGUUUAUUUUAUUUGUCUCUUCCUGCCUAAACAUUCAAACAUGAAUGAUCAAAUAAAAGGAUUUUAAGUUUUCUUAACAUCCUGGGUUGCAGCUGUCUGUGAAUAAGGAACUUUUUGUUCUCAUGAUUGUUCUUUAGUUCACAGGUUUUCUUCAAUGUUGUGAACUGAAUGUCAAACUCAGGCCACAAACUCGUGUGGUCAAGAAGCUCAUUUUAAGCGCUUAGGCUUGCCUUAUAUGGUAUUUUUGUCCAACCAGGUUUUCUGAAGAAAAAUGAUCUCCAUAAGCUCUUGUUUUCUUUUGCAUUUGCAUUUGUGCAUUUGCAUUUGUUUCUCUUCCAGGAGCGCUCACCUAGUGCCACAGAUGAGGAGUCCUGAACUGAACUGUCAGCUGGGAGGGACAGAAGCAUAAAGCACCACAUCCGCAGUAAAUAAAACACACCUUGUCAAUUCACCAUCCACCCUCAGUCAGACGCCACGGGGCUGAAAAGAAAAAGAGGAAUACUGGGAACAGACAUAUUUGAACAUUACAUGGAAACACAUUAAGGUUCAAAUUUACACAUUUAUUACAAAUUAGCUCAUCACUGGAUCUGUUUUUUUCUAUGUUUGCAAAGACACAGUCUGAAAAGUCGACAUAGAGAGUCCUGGGUGUCAUUUCAGGAGAGAUUUGUACCUUUUUACGAGACGUGUCCAUAUGCAGGUGUUAAAAUAUCACUUUGAUUUUAACAUUCUUAUUUUAUUCAAAGGUUACAGAUUAAACAAAUUCAAUAUAACAGUACAUAAUGAAAGGUAAAGUCCCAUUGGACAUAAACUACAGUUUCUUAAGAGUAACAACUUAACAUGCCUUCCAGACCAACACUACAGUGAAGGUUUUAUUUAAUCAUUUAUUUUAGAGGAGGAAUGUAAUGUGUUUUUUCCCAUCUUUUUGUGGUUAAUUGUCCAAAUAGCAAUUUGUUUGUGACAACUUUAACUAAGAUAAAUGUGUUGUUAAAUUUUCAUAAUCAGCGUUUAUCGCUUUGAGACGUCUCAAGCUUGAAAAAAGAGUAAAUGUACCACAAACGCCCCAAAGCCGUCUAACACCACAUACUAUGUGGAUCCAAUUGUGUUGGUUACAACAGUAACACUUCUCUCCGAGACCAAGAGUCAAUUAUUUAUGAGUAUAUAAAUAUUUGAUAUACAACCUAAAACAAAUAUGUGGUUGUAAGUAGAUAUGAUGACGACCCUCAUGGUCAUGAAUGUACAGUUUGCACAGUUUCUCCAUGAAACAAAAACUAUAUUUACUGGACCGGCUUAAUAGCUUGUUUACAUGCUAGCUUUUCAUUAUGGGUGACCAUAGGAAGAGUUAUAAAAAAAUUAGACAAUUGACCAAGUAACCUGAUUGGAUAAGAGUUACGACAUUUAAAGUAUAGAGCAUUACCUGGUCUCAAACAGAUGUAUCAUCACUCCACCCGAGCCUCAUGUUUAUAAAUAUGUUUAUUUUCAUGACAGCAGAGCGUCUUUCUCUGGACUGAUUUAGGUUGUACCCCAAAGCAGCUGUCAACAGACUUACUUUACUGUUUGCAUGAUUAUUAGAAAUAUACAAGUAAGUGUUCAUAAUACUGAGUGAUGAGUCUGCUGAAGCUGCUGUUAAUGUAGGUUGCUUGGCAACACACAGGUUACACUGUAAACAAAAGCUGUUGUUACUGGUUACCCUUUUAAAAGUGUAUGUUCGUUGUACGUCUAUUGUAUAUUCAAUAUCACGCUCAAGGCUGUGAUGUUUUAUUGAAUGUCAUCACACUGUGAUUCUCUUCAGCAGCACUCUUCCUGCAGUCUUGAGUCGAUAACUGGAUCCUAUUAUUUAGCACAGCGAGACUCACUUCAGGGUGAUAUUACCCCCAAAAAGCUAUGAACAAACGCACUCAUGAAGGCCUAUAUCUGCUUACAAUUACAGUAUAAUGUUAUAAAAACGCUCACAUACAAAGAACAUUUCAGAGUAAUUUAGGAAAAUCCAGUUCACCUAGAUUUCACCGUACUUCACUUUAUAUGAACCCUGUAUUUGUCCAGAUUUUUCAAAUGUGCGUGAAGCCUUUUUACAAAAAUGUAUCCUUAGAUAACUUAAAGAGCGAGAACUGGCAGGAACCAGUGAAAUGAAGUGACUAACACUAGAAUGUAAAUAGGAAAUGUUUUGGGAUAGUGCUGAGUUUUUACUGGAUAUGAGCGACCACCUUAUUUCACCUUCAACUCCAUCCUCACAAACAUGUAAACACGGCUGAUGUUUCCCCCUGCUUCACUGUGGCAACCUGCUGUAAAAACAGUCAGCCUCUUUUCCAAACGCUGUCUGUCACAUAUUUGUGACCAAAGCUCGGUGUUUGAGUUGGAAAUAUCCACCUGCUGUGGUUGGAAGUGUCUCCAGACUUCUCGGAAGCUCUUUAGUAUCCCUCCGUAUUUAUUUGAUUGAGGUUUUCACAGAGUUCGGUCCAGGUCACUCUCCGAUCUGUAAAUACAGUUCAGCAUAAAAACAAACUACUUCGCCAUGCUGCUGCUUUCCUGAUAGACCUUCGAUAUCAGCAAAUCGUAGAUUGUAGACGAACUGAAUAAUGAUUGAUUUGUACUGUAACUUAAACUGUUUCUCCUUCAGUUAUAUUGUCUGGUGAUUUUAGGAUUUCAGAAUAGUUUGAUGUACUUUGGCACUUUUUAUGUUUUUGAUUAUAAGACAAAGGACCAGAAGGACAGUGGCUCCUCUCUGCUUGUAAGCGCCUCACGGCCGUAUGGUGUUGGAUAACUGUAUAGAGAAAUUUUUAGAGUACAAUGUCAAUGCACGUGUGUACAGCUCGACCAGUUGAGUACCGCACUUUUUUUCCAUAUGGUAGACAACUAGAGCAAAGAAACAACAACCAAAGCAUCAACAUUUUCCCUGCUGAGUUAUCCGGAUCUAUCUGUGUUGUGUUGUGUAAAUGUUGUUGGAACUAAAGACAAUAAAUCACUGUGAAAGUGAGUGUUGGC